AUGGACACCACCGCCCAGCUGCUGGAAUCAAUCACAUCCCAAUGCCUCCCGCCGCCGUCCCAAUCCCUCCUCACCAGCCUCACCACCCGCUCGCCGCAGCCGCCUCUGCCUUCGCUCGUGGCCACCGCCAAGGCGCGCCUGCUCGCCGCCGACCUCGCGUCGAGCCCCUACUUCGACGGCUCGCAGCUCUGCCCCUUCCCCCCCGGCACAGACAGCGCCGACGUCAAGGAGGCCAAGCUCCGACACCACACGCACGUGCAGGUUGUGGACAUUGAGAACCUGAGCCUCAGCCGGUGGGAGCAGGUGGAGGAGAUGGAAGCCAUUGAGAGGCGGGAGAGGACUAGCGGAAGGGAAAUCAUUCGCGUGGCCGACGACGAGGGUGCGGAUGCGGCCGAGUCUUUGGCCGCGAGGGGGACGGGGCCGCGGGCGCCCGUUUCUGCCGGCAAGAAAGCCACGCAUCGUCUUGUCGUGCAGGACUGUAAAGGGACGAGGGUGUACGCCGUGGAGCUGACGAGGAUAGAUGGCAUAGGGGUGGGUAAGACGAACAUGGGAUGCAAGAUGCUGCUUAGGGCUGGGACCCCGGUUGCUCGCGGCACCGUGCUGUUGACACCCGAGAAUUGCGUUUUGCUGGGUGGCAAGAUUGACGCCUGGCACGACGCCUGGAUGAAUGGGCGGAUGGCGAGGCUAAAAGAAGCUGCUGGGGCUGGCAGUGCGCACACGACGACGACGACGACGACAACAUGA